AUGAGAUGGAUUAGCUGCCACACAGGAGGGAAGACAGAGACAGCCGAACCUGACCAGGAGGAGACGCAGAGUAGCCAACCUCAGGAGAACGGUGGGGAACACAGGAAAAACCCUCGGGAGAAGGUAACAGAGGAAGCGGAGGAGAAAGCUAAAAGUGAACAGUGCCUGGGUGUGGACCUGAUGGAGAGUUUGUUCCAGGGCCUUCUGGUGUUGAGGACACGCUGUCUGGAAUGUGAGUGUCACGCUGAGAGCAGAGAAGACUUCCAGGACAUCAGUGUCCCAGUGCAGGCGGACGAACACCGCAGCCCAGACAAUAGCUCGGGGUGUUAUUAUUCCCCCGACCCCAAGCUGGAGCUGAAAACUCUGAAGUGGGCCAUCUCCCAGUUUGCCUCAGUGGAGAGGAUCGUAGGAGAGUACCUCUGUGAGAUCUGCCACCACUACACUGAGAGGAGUCUGCCGUUUGAUAAAACCCCCCCAGAGGUCGUCACCGUCCACCUCAAGUGCUUCUCUGUCCUUUAUAAUGCCCUCAAGAUGGACCCGUAUGCCGGCCUCUCAAAGGUGAAUACCCCCCUGCAGACCCCUUUCAAGUGCUCUCUGGAGGAGUGGUGCAUGCACCUCUCAGCCACUGGAGGGCAGCACUACCAGCUGUUUGCUGUGGUCAUUCACAGCGGUGUCACCCUCUCCAGCGGACGGUACACCACCUACAUCAGGAUGAUGGACCUCAAGGACACCAAGGUCCGCCUGCCCGAGGGGGAUGAGAAGCAGAGCGGAGAGGAAGAGGAGUGUGGUGGGAAAUGGCAUGGUCCGCAACCCAAGGAAGAGGUGUUGGAUUAUGAUGACGGGGAAGUGUCUUAUAGUCACAAUGCUAAAGCCAACUCUGCUAGCACCACAAUAACCAGCAAGCUGGGGGCCAAGAAGGCCUCAGAGGGGGUGGGACUGCUGGGGGGCCAGAGGAGUCUGUCCAGCUACGACCUUGGGGGCAACAAGCAGACAGCCAACCCAGACAAGGGCUCGGGACACAGUAGUAAUGGAGGGAUACAGGAGGAGGCUGAGGAGGUCCUUGUGACUGGGUGCGAGGGGGCUGGAGGUGGGGUGUCUACGGAGCAGGCCCUGGGCAGCCUGCUGCAGUACGAGGGGAAGUGGAUGCUCUUUGAUGACUCUGAAGUGCUUUUCUUUGAGGAGGACUUCCUGAGAGCCUGCUCUACUUCUACUCCAUACCUGUUAUUUUACAGUAGGGUCUUCCCGCCAUUCUAA